AGAUGGAGCCGACCAGCGUGGGACGCGCCGCCUGCCAGGAGGAGUGUUCACGGCGCACAGUUGGUGCCAGUCAGAGGUGUCGAGUUAUGUGAAGGAGCCAAAGGGGGAUUUGCACUGUGCCAUGGCUGAUUUUUUUGUAUCCAGUAUCACGCAAUAAGCUACUGAAGUACGGUGAAGGAGAAUGACCGCUCGUAGUCGCCCUGCGCGCAAAAACGCGUUCGUCCGUUUCGGUUCGGAAAAGUGCGCUCAAACGUGAGGACAAAACUGAGGACUUCGACUCGAGAAUAUGCUGGCGGGCAUCGACCUCAACAAACCGAGAGCUCAAAGCCACGCGUAAAGGAGGAAUGGGGUGCAAGGAUGCCUCAGCUUCGCUCCUUCAGACGCUCGUCCUGUCCCUGCUGUGCGCACAGUCGCUGGGACAGGUCUUCAACCUCACGCUGUCUGUUAAAGAGGGUCUUCCGGCCAGAACUAUCGUUGGAGAUCUGGGAGCGGGACUAAGCAGGCCGAGCACUGGUUUUUUCAUCUCAGAAAGCAGAGACUCGUAUGUUUUCAGAGACUUGGAAAUAGACGCGGACACGGGCAUCAUCUCCACAGCUGUAGUCCUGGACAGAGAGAGCAGGGAUAAGUAUGAAUUUGUGGCAGCCACUCUCACAGGUGAGAUGAUAAAAGUGACAAUAGAGGUGAAAGAUGUGAACGACCAUUCUCCCGUGUUCCCCUCCGAGCAGGUUGAGCUGGAAAUAUCAGAACUGAGCCCACCGGGGAGUCGGUUUCAGAUUGAAGGUGCUAAAGACCAGGAUGAGGGCGAGUUUGGUACUCAGGGAUACAGGAUCACAGAGAGUGAGAUGAGUGACUUAUUCCACCUGGAUUAUCGCAGUGGACCUGAGAACCACCUCAACCUGGAUCUAGUUCUUAACAGUAAGCUAGACAGAGAAGCGCAGGACUUGUACACGCUGACAAUCGAGGCCUUUGAUGGGGGGAUCCCAGCCAGGACUGGGACUCUUCAGGUGAACAUCCACAUCCUGGAUGAGAAUGACAACCCGCCUGUGUUCAACCAGACUGAAUAUCACACCUCAGUGCGUGAGGAUGCUCCAGUCAUGUCUGCUGUGUGUCAGGUGCAGGCCACUGACUAUGACCUGGGUGACAAUGGCAGACUCACGUAUGAGAUCAACAGGAGGCAGAGCGACCCAAAUGAGGUUUUCUCCAUCAAUGAAACCACCGGGGUGGUCUAUCUCAACAAGCCGCUUGAUUUUGAGACUCAGGCUUUUCAUGAGUUGAUCAUCAGCGCGAGAGACAACGGGGUUCAGCCUGAGUACAGCAGCACUUUCGUGGGUGUCAGAGUGCUUAACAUCAACGAUAACAGCCCCACCAUCAGUGUACUGUUUCUCAGUGACACAGGAGAUGCUGUGGUGUCGGAAUCAGCAGCAGUCGGGGACUACGUAGCCCGGAUUUCAGUGUCGGACCCCGACCUCGAGGGGGAGAGAAUCAUUGUCACACUCGAGGGAGGUGAUGGGAAGUUCACCCUGAAGCAGACAGAUGACUUUCUGUAUGCACUGUGUGUUAACUCUGAGCUGGACAGGGAGGAGAAGGAUUUGUAUGAGCUGAAGGUGCAGGCAUCAGAUUUUGGCAACCCUCCCCUGAGCAGUGAGACGGUUUUCCUCCUGAAGGUGUCGGACAUGAAUGACUGUUACCCAGUCUUUGAGAAGGAUGCGUAUCUCAUAAGUAUUUCUGAAGAUGCUCCUCAGGGGAGUUCUCUCAUCCAGUUUCAGGCUCGAGACGCAGAUGAGGGUGCAAACUCAGAGGUCCGAUACUCCAUUCUGAAGUCCAACCAGGACAGCCUGAUCGACAUCGACCCGGAGUCAGGCCUGGUCGCCACAGCUGCAGCUCUGGACAGAGAGACGCAGAUGGAGAUAUGGUUCCUGGUGGUGGCAGCGGAUGGAGGAGAACCGGCUCUGUCAUCCACAGCGACAGUCACGGUGCUCGUGGAAGACGUCAACGACAACGAGCCAGUGUUCGAGCAGCAGCUGUACAAUGUGUCCAUACUAGAGCAGAGCGAUGUUGGAAGCUGCUUUUUACAAGUCGUCGCUACAGAUGCAGACAGCCCUGAGUUUGGGACGCUGCUCUACUCUCUGUCUGAUGGCUUCGACAAACAGGCCACACAUCCGCUCUUCCAAAUAAACCCCCACACCGGAGAGCUGUGCGUCUACCAGGAUAUUGAUCGAGAUACGGGACAGACGGUCCACGACAUCCUGAUCAAGGCUGAGGAUCCAGGAGGCUUGAGUGCUCAAACCUAUGUGCACAUUGAGAUCGAGGACUUGAACGACAACGCUCCAGUGUUCAGCCCUGAGGAGUACACCGUGAGCAUCAGCAGCCACGCGCAGCCUGGCACAGAGAUCGUCAGCGUUAUUGCCACUGACAGAGAUUCUGGCAGGUUUGGCCAGGUUACCUACGACCUCCUUCCUGGCGACAUGUCCACUUUGUUUUCGCUGGAUAAACAAACAGGAAUGCUUCUCCUGACCUCCACUCUGACCCACCUGGGCACAGCUAAUGUAAAGCUCUUGAUAACAGCACAGGACGGAGGAGGCUCGAUCUCAGCCAGACCUGCAGAGGUCACGAUCAAUGUUUUACGCAGUGCUCAGGCUCCAGCUGUGUUCCAGAGGUCACGUUACGCUUUCACAGUGCCUGAGGACGCACCACCGGGGACACCUGUGGGGACGGUGCAGGCCAUCAACCCAACAGACUCCAUGGAAUCUGUAUCUUAUCGAAUCUCUUCUGGAGACCCUCAGAGUUUUUUCUCCGUUCAUCCAAAGUUGGGUCUGAUCACUAACCUCAAGCCCCUGGAUCACGAGUCUCAGUCGUACGCUCUUCUGGUUCUUCAGUCCUACACCGACGCCUCUCCCGUUUACAGCACCACCCAAGUCAACAUCACUGUAGCUGACGUUAAUGACAACGCCCCCAUUUUCCCCAAACAUAGUGACACCAUCACGGUGUCACAAAACACUCGACCGGGAACCGUGUUGUUCAUCGCUCACGCGCAUGACUAUGACAGCGGUGCCAAUGGUCGGGUGCAGUAUUACCUGAAGAGCAGGGAAAAUGGCGUGUUUGUUAUUGAUCACAAUCUCGGGACGGUUACGCUAAAUGAGAGUUUAGAGAUGGAUCAUCAGCAGGGAUACAAGCUGGAGAUUGUGGCCAAAGAUGAAGGAGAACCUUCCCUGAGCUCCACCCUGACCCUCUCAGUAAACGUAGACCAAACGACUGCCGAAGACAGCCUGGCAUUUGAGACGUUGAUCUAUCACGUGGAGAUUGGGGAGGGCUACAGGAAAGAUGCUCGGGUCAUCCAAGCGAGGGCUCACCGAACCCGUGGAGCCCACAUUUCAAACUCCGGCAUCAUCUACUCUUUGGAAGGAGAACCUGGCUUCCCUCUGGUUCCGUUUCGGAUUCACCCAAAGACGGGAUGGUUGUAUCUCUCAGCCAACCUGGACUAUGAGACAGAGUCCAAGUAUCAUUUUCGAGUGUUGGCUACGGAGGCUUCACUGUCAAAUACCACGGCUAUGGCCACAGUGACGGUGCUGGUGCUGGAUAUCAAUGACAACGCCCCGGUGUUCAGCAGGGACGUUUACUACUUCACUGUGUUGGAGGGGUCGUCGCCACAAGGUCUGGUGGGAACCGUCAAGGCCGUGGAUAAGGAUUCUGGGAAAAACAGCCAGUUGUCCUAUCUCCUGCUCUCAGAUGGGAAAUUCUUCCGAAUCAAUGCUAAAACAGGUGAAAUCAUCAACUGGGUGGCACUGGACCGGGAACAGUACAGCCAGCACAGUCUGAAGGUGAUGGUGACAGAUCAGGGUCACCCUCGUCUCAAUGCCACCGCCACCGUUCACAUCCUGAUCGCCGACAUCAAUGACAACGCGCCGCAGUUCACUUACCUGCCAGCCAGUAAAGAGCUGAAUGUGCAGGUAUGGGCUGGUCUACAGUCAGGAUCCUUGGUCACGAACAUGUUUGCCAAAGACUUGGACGCAGGAGAGAAUGGAACAGUUAUUCAUUCACUGGUCACAGAUGAUGAUCUGGAGCACUUUGAGAUUGACAGCGAAACUGGAGAUAUCACAACAACAGAGCUCUUCAACCAAGAUGCAAAAGCGUACUACACUCUGAAAGUGACCGCCAGGGACAGCGGAGUCAUCUCUCAGGAGGACACUGCAGUCAUUCAUGUACAGAUUCAUGGAUUAGAAGAUCCGUACGGCCGCUCCGAUCGCCAAAUUGUGAGACGCAUUUUGGUGCGGGAGGACACGGAGCCUGCGACUGUUAUUGGCUCUGCACGUGUUUCAGAUAAAGGGAGAUCUCACUACUCCAUCACUGAGGGGGACGGGAGUGUUCACUUUGGGAUCGACAGCUCCUUCGGUGACAUAUACAUCAACCAGCCGCUGGAUUACGAGGCUGCCAUGCAGUACUUCCUCGUGGUUCGUGCUGAGGACGCCAGCCUCAUUCCCAUCGUGAAUGUGUCUGUUCUGAUUUGUGUGAUAGUGGAGGAUGUGAACGACCACACGCCCUGGUUCCCUGAUAAACUGGUGAUGUUUGGUCUGAGGGAGGACGCUGCAGUCGGAUCGCUGGCGUACGCUUUUCAUGCCAGAGACGCUGACGGGACCUUUCCAAACAGUGCCCUCCGCUAUGAGCUCGCCUUUGACGCUGAAGUCAGCGGGUCAUCAUCACCCUUCCCCUUUCGGAUCGACCCUUACACGGGGAGCCUGACUGUAGCAGCACCUUUAGAUCGCGAGAGCACCCCCAGCUUCGCAUUCACUGUAACAACCACAGAUCAGGCGAAGGAGAAGAAUGAGCGUAAACAGGCUUCGGUGACGGCUCAGCUCUUCCUGCUGGACGUCAACGAUAACCGGCCGGUGUUCGUAUCGGCAGACACAGCUCAG